AUGUUUACAACUUCUGACUUCUUGGUCCUCCGCGCAUGGGUCCCAAUUCUAAGCAUGCUUACUGAUCUCUUCCUCGAAAGUUGCUCAGACCACUUUACUACUGAUUCCUUGGAUGCUUCUCUUGAAGAUUUCGCCUUCAAAACGCCACUCCGGCACCGGCACCGACCUCGCACCGGAGCUCUAUACCAAGCCCUCCUUCCUGCUAAUCUCUCAAGCAUUGACGUUUCAAUUGUUCGGCUCAGAAGCCGGAGGUUGUGGAACAUGGGUGCCAACUUCAGCUUCUUCCACAUUCCAUCAAGAACUAUGCCUUUGCCACACGUAAAGAGGCUUGCCAUAGUCUAUCAGAACUUGGGCAACUGGUCUUCCCACUUCUAUGGCCUGAAGGGUUACUCACUCAUCACUCCGGCCGUUGGAUUCACGGUUUUCGAUGCAUCAAAUGUUAGUUCUAAAAGCAUCAGAAAGCUAAGUCUCAGUACAAUGGGGAAGCCCAUAUCGAUUAAUUUCCCCACUUCGGCCAUCCCUGACGGCAUGAUCUCUAAGACGAGGUGCGUCGCAUUUAGUGGAAAUGGGAGUUUUUACCUUAGUGAAAUGAGCUUGCCCGGUGUAUGUUACUCAGGAGAUCAAGGUCAUUUUGCCAUUGUUGUUCCGAAGGAGAGUAAGCACAGGUUGUGGUAUCUUUGGGUUGUUGGAUCUGUGCUUGGAAUUUCUGGGAUGGUAGUGAUCGUUUAUGUUGGGAUGGCGUCUGCGAGGACUUUGAAGACAAAGAAGAUUCAAGUGGAGAGACAAGCACAAGCUGAUGAAGAUUCGAUUCUUGAAAGUAGAUGGGUGAGUGGUAGUAAGCUGCCUUCUGCAGCCGUGACGAGAACUCAGCCUGUCCUUGAGAAUGGAGGUGUUUGA